GGUUCCAGCGAGUAGACUCAUUAGAUGAUUCUAUCUUAUUGUUUUCUGAAGUAGAUAUUCCUACUGAUAAAUUCGUCUAUCGUGGAGAAUUCGAAACGUUAUACCCCGGACAACUAACAAUUGAACUUCUCAAUCAAAAACAUAAUCAACGUUCAAUAUGGUAUCAGAUUAAACAAAAUAAUUUGCCUGCAUGUCGUUUGUUUGAUGGCAUAGUCAGUUCAUAUUAUACUGACGAUCUUGCACAAAAAGAGCGUAUUGAUAUAAGUGAUUUCAUCGGCAAACUUGAUACGAAAGUUUUUCCAUUUAUUGACAAAUUACUAGAUGGCAAAAUAAACUUGUCUGACAUGACUGAUCUUGAAGAAACAGAUGAUACUAAUACCAUCAACAAUCUUGAACAAUUGAGUAGCAAUAAACAGUGUUCAUUAGAAAAUAUCUCUCGUGAUUAUGGAUUUUUAACACAAGAAUUUCAAGGUAUUAGUAGUAAACAUUUAGAUUUAAUUAAAACAGCAAAAGAAUGUUGCACUAUUAUCGAAUUAAUGAAGGAAUUCGAUUUAUAUUCUGAUAAGGGGCGACAAAAAUUUCAAGAAUUACGAGACAAUUUGACCAUACAAUUUCAAUUACAAGAACGCAAUAAUAUUAUGUUAAAUUCAUUUAUCAUCACCUAUACAUUAUGCGAACCAUUUGUUCUCAAAGCUAAAACAUUGAAAGAAUUUAUUGAUCGCGUUGUCCAUUUAGUCGAUUUCGAUACAAAUUCACUUCAGCACAUGAAAGUUGUAAAUGGUAAUGCGCAAAUCAUUCGUAUGUGGUUAUCGACAGAAGAAGCAACAGUUUUUGAUAAUGCCCUUGUUGUAAUGGCACAUUUAUACAAGACAGGUGAAGUUACUAUUCGUCUACGACAUCUAUUGCAUGAGGAAUCUUCCCUUAAAAUCAAUUAUUUAAUCGAUAAAAUUCAACCUAAAACAGUUAGUGCCCAGAUUACUAAUGAAGAAACAAAUGACAAGAAUGAAGAAGAACAAAAAAACAGUGAUAGUAGUGACGACGAAGAAGAAUCUAAAACAAACAAAAUGAAAAUCACUGUAUCCAUGUUCGAUUUCGACAUUGAUGAACAUAAACGUCAAUUAACAUUUUGCAAUGUAGAUUUACCAGCGAAUAUGUCUCACAUAAAAAUUCUGUUAGAUGAACAAUUGAAAUUAUUAAAACUUAUUGGAAAUAUCUAUUCAACUUUCAUCAAAUUAGAAAUGAGCGGUCAUCCAAACUAUCAACUAACAAACAAACGUUACAAAAUUUACAAUCCGAGAAGUAAGAGAACUUAA